AUGCAACAAUAUAACAGAAGUACUAAAAAUGCCGUGCAGCGAGCAAUAAUGGACAUAAUAUUCAAAGCCGAUGAAGGAUGCAGUAACUUUUCUCAACAUUAUAAUCCAUCAGCGUUCAAUUCUCAAUUCAAUUACAGUGGUUAUACAACAGGCUCGGUUCCUUUAUCAAGUUACUGCAAUGAACCACCUUCUUUAUCUAAUCGCUCAGAACCAUAUACUUCAGGGUAUUCAACAGGUCAGAAUCAGACAAGUUACCCUACAGCUCCAUAUGCUUCACCUGUUCCCUCAGAAUCAUCCCAAACUUCAUAUGAAGAUGUAGAUUUUGUGAAUGACCUGAUUUGA